AUGCUCGCGUACUUGGAGAACUACUUCGACCUAAGGAAGAGCUUCGUCUUCUACGGGGCGUAUCAUCACAAGUGGCCAAACCAAAUGAUUCAUGUGAUCUUUGUACCGGCCAUUUUCACGACCGCGAUGAGCUUCCUUGCGCGUGUGCCCAUCGCCGGCAGUGUCAACCUCUCCCACAUCGUCACCGCCUUCUACGCGGUCUCUUUCAUCAAGAUGGAGCCGAGUGCGGGGGCACUUUACGCGCCAGUGAUAGCGGCCAUGGAGUACCUUUCCUCACAGGUGCUCAUCCACCACGUGCCGACCAGCAUUGGGAUUCACGUUCUCGGCUGGGCCGCGCAGAUCUUGGGGCACAAGUUUAUCGAGGGUCGGCAGCCAGCCUUCAUGGAGGAUCCGUUGCAGGCAAUCCACGCAGCGGUGUUCUUUGUCUGGCUGGAGGUUCUCUUCUUCCUCGGCUACCGCCCCGCCAUGAAGGCUGAGUUGGAGAAGAAGAUCAAGGAGCGAAUCGCAACGAUGAACGCGGUGAAGAAAACGGAUAAGGCGCCGUGCGUGGAGACGGCACCGAAAAAGGCGAACGCGUAG